CGGCGCGCCCGGCCACAGGCGGCAGCGGCGGAGGCAGCGGAGCGAUGGACGGCUCCGGAGAGCAGCCGCGCGGCGGGGGGGCCACGAGCUCGGAGCAGAUCAUGAGGACUGGGGCCGUGUUGCUGCAGGGGUUCAUCCAGGACCGGGCGGGCCGGGUGGCGGGUGGCGCCCCCGAGCUGCUCCUGGACUCCAUGGGGGACUCGGCCCCGCUGCCCUCAGACCCCAGAACCAAGCGGCUUACCGAGUGCCUGCGGAGGAUCGGGGACGAGCUGGACAGCAACAUGGAGCUUCAGAGGAUGAUCGCCGCGGUGGAGACCGACUCCCCCCGGGAGGUGUUCUUCCGAGUGGCAGCCGAGAUGUUUUCCGAUGGGAACUUCAACUGGGGGCGGGUGGUGGCCCUCUUCUAUUUUGCCAGCAAGCUGGUGCUCAAGGCGCUUUGCACCAAGGUCCCUGAGCUGAUCCGAACCAUUGUGGGCUGGACCCUAGAUUUCUUGAGAGAACGGCUGCUCACCUGGAUCCAGGAACAGGGUGGCUGGGUAUGCACCCGCCCCACCCCGUGUCUUCCCUCUUUCCCUUGGCCUCCCAGACGGCCUCCUCUCUUACUUCGGGACACCAACUUGGCAGACUGUGACCAUCUUCGUGGCCGGCAUCCUCACCGCUUCCCUUACCAUCUGGAAGAUGUCCUAGGGAGGGCUUGGGGGCCUGGCUGCCCCCCCCCCUCACCCCGGCUCUCUUUGGACUGUCUGUUUUUAGGCUAAAUUAUGGGUUUUCCAAUAUUGGGGGGAGGGGAGGGAGGCACAUUUUUCUUACUUUUGUAAUUAUUUUGGGGAGUGUCCCAGGGCCUCUGGUAGUGCCCCAAAGGAGAUGUUCUUCGGGCUAAGAGGUGGUGGGAUGAGUGUUAACCUUGGCCAAUAAACAACUUUGGAGCAGGU